AUGGAGCUAUCAAACAAACUCCGUUGGGACCAAUUCCUGAUUUUGGCAGCAGCACUUAUGUCACCUGCAUUAACGGUGCUGUGCAAUGAUAUCCUCAGCCUGAAGAUGGCAGGAGAUCCAGUGCUAACCCCUAACUCAGUGUGCCUGAGGCUGGCAGGCCUCAGUAAGCGUCAGAUGCGGAUGUGUGUGCGCAGCCCUGACGUGACAGCCUCUGCUUUGCAGGGCAUCCAGGUGGCCAUCCACGAAUGCCAGCACCAGCUUCGAGACCACCGCUGGAACUGCUCCUCACUGGAGGGCCUCGGCAAGCUGCCCCACCACAGCACCAUCCUCAACAGGGGUUUUCGCGAGAGUGCCUUCUCCCUGGCCCUGUUGGCAGCGGGUGUGGCUCACUCUGUGGCCUCGGCCUGCAGCAUGGGCAAGCUGCGGGGGUGUGGCUGCGAGGCCAAGCGUCGGCAAGACGAUGACAAGAUCCGGCUGAAACUCACACAGCUGCAGCUGCAGACCCUGCAGAAGGGUGGGGUAGGCAUCAGCAUGACACGGUCAUUACCCUUAGAGUUGAACGGUCACCAUGGUGACCUGCCUGCUAACCUGCACUCCACCCACCCCUCCGCCCUCCUCAAGCCUUUACCAGAUGAGCUGAGCUCCAUGCAAGAGACCUGGGAGUGGGGAGGCUGCAGUCAUGAUGUCCGUUUUGGGGACCGUUUCUCCAGGGACUGGCUUGACUCCCGGGGGUCUCCAAGAGACAUCCACGCUCGUAUGAGGAUACAUAACAACAGGAUGGGACGACAGAUAGUUGCUGACAACAUGAAGAGGAAGUGCAAAUGUCACGGCACAUCAGGGAGCUGUCAAUUUAAGACCUGCUGGCAUGUGUCCCCAGAGUUCCGCCAUGUGGGUUCGCUACUCAAGGAAAAGUUCCUGACAGCCAUUUUUGUCAACUCCCAGAACAAGAACAAUGGGGUUUUCAACCCCCGAACUGGAAAUGGCGCCAGUGGUAGCACUGGGGGACUCAACGGAGGUCGUCGUCGAAGCAUGUCUAGAGAGCUGGUGUACUUUGAGAAAUCACCUGACUUUUGUGAGCGUGAUGUGUCUGUCGACUCUCCGGGUACGCAGGGACGCAUUUGCAACAAAACCAGCUACAGCACAGACAGCUGCAGCUCGCUGUGUUGUGGCCGUGGACACAACAUACUGAAACAGACACGCAGCGAACGCUGCAAUUGCAGAUUUCACUGGUGCUGUUAUGUGUUGUGCGAGGAGUGUCGUGUCACAGAAUGGGUCAAUGUGUGCAAGUAG